CCCGCCGGGCCGUUCCCGGAGCCGUGAAGCAACAGGAGGGCUGGCAGGGAACCAUGGCCGAGUGCACGGAGCUGGAAUGGGCCGUGCAGGUGCUGGUGAACAACUUUGACAAGUACUCGAGCCGCUGCUGCUGCUGCAAGAACCCGCGGCGCAUCAGCAAGAAGGAUUUUCGGAAGAUGCUGAGCCGCGAGCUCAACCACAUGCUGACGGACACCGGGAACCGCCGCGCCGCCGACAAGCUGAUCUGCGACCUGGACGAGAACAAGGACGGGCGCAUCAGCUUCGAGGAGUACUGGACCUUGAUAGGCGGCAUCGCCAGCCCCAUCGCGCAGAUCAUCCGCCAGCAGGAGCAGAGCGUCAAACACACCAAGUAG